AUGACCACAUUUCCAAUGGAGGUCCUUGAUGGCUCCAAACGGCAAGGCCACAUCAAGAUCACCGACGUCCCAGACGACCACCACCCACCCCUGCCGCCGUCCGAGAAGGAGGGCGUCGAGACGACAUCACCCGCACCCCUCGACCUUCAGACUCGAAUCCUCAACGCCGUCGAGCGGUACUGGCUGUUCGAGUUUUUCGGCUGGACGCUGGCCCUGGGCUGUCUGGUGGGCACGAUCGCACUGCUCGCCGUACACAACGGGCAUGAGGCGCCAACGUGGACGCUGACCGUGGGACCCAAACGACACCACAAGACGUUCGGGCUAACCAUCAACACCAUCAUCUCGGUCUUCGCGACGGCUUUCAAUUCGGGCCUCUUAAUCCCCGUCGCCGCCAGCAUCAGCCAGCUGAAAUGGAUCUGGUUCCAGAAGGAAAAGCGGCCGCUGGCCCAUUUCCAGAAAUUCGAGUCUGCAGCCCGCGGGCCCUUGGGGUCUCUGGUUCUCUUGUGGACGUUGAGGUGUCGACGUCUCGCGUGUCUAGGAGCCGUGAUCGUCAUCGCCGCCCUGGGGACGGGAUUCUCAUUCCAGGCGCUAGUGGUCUACCCGCUGAAGCCAGUGCAAGUGGACAUUGCACGCAUCCAGCGGACGAACCUGGACUGGGGUAGCAACUCUCUCACCACCAGUCUCUCCAACGACAUGGUGGGAGCCAUAUACUCGGGCAUCUACCAGUACUCGGAGCUGUCACAGAUGAAGAACGUGUCCUGCCCGACGGGGAAUUGCACGUGGCUUGAGACGUACACGUCGCUGGCCGUGUGCAGCGCGUGCCACGACGUGACGGCCUCGCUCCGCAAAUCCUGCGGGACGGCACUGGUGCCGGGUCAAAACGCCGACGGUACCGAUGCGGUCGUCGCCAACGUCACCCUGCCCUACUGCAACUACACGCUGCCCAACGGACUGAACGUGUCGGGCGUGCCGGCGGUCAACUACUCGUCGAUCGACAUCUCGGGCGCCACGACCAACUCGAUCCACUUCAACCCCGACUCGGCCUUGUCGGUGCUCUCCAUCAUCCAGACGCAGUGGGGGCCCGGAGUCGAGGGCUGGGGCGACGCGAACCCGGCCAGCGACAUCAUGGGCAUCGCCACCAAGCAGGCCUUCGAGUGCGGCGUCUACUACUGCGUGCAGAAGUACAACGCCUCGGUGUCCCGCGGCAAGCUGAGCGAGCGGGUCGUCGACACGUACACCACCGGUCACUUCACCUCGCCGGGCGUGUACGCCCUCGAGCCGCCGGCGUCGUGGACGAACCACUCCAGCGCCGACUAUGCCAACGUCUAUCAAAGCAACAACAUCGGGCUGCUCCGCGACUUCUUCACGACGCAGUGGCAGGGCCAGGUGCUGAUGUCGGGGACGCCGCCGACGAACACACCCACGUCCUCGAUCGCGCUGUUCCUGUGGGCGCUGUUCUCCGAGGAGAACCCGCUCGGGCAGUUCACGCAGAUGUCGGCCAGCCUGGCCAAGUCGGUCAGCGACACGAUGCGGUCGUACUCGUUCACCACGGACGCCAUCCCGGCCGCCCUGGGCGCCGUGUACCAGGACAAGCCGCACGUCCUGGUGCGCUGGGGCUGGAUCGCGCUGCCCGCGGCGCUGCUGGGCCUGGCGCUGGUCCUGCUCGCCGGCACCAUCGCGGCCACCGCCCACGACCAGACCUUGCUGUGGAAGUCGUCCAGCCUCGCCGCCUUCUCGCACCCCCUGACCAGCGACGCCCGCGCCGUCGUCACCGACGUCCACAGUCCGCGAGAGGUGCUGAGGAUCGCCGAGCAGAUGCCCGUCAAGUGGCAGAAGACGGACCGCGGGUUCCGGCUCGUGGGGUAA